CUUACAGAUUUUCAGUGAAGGACUCAGGACAUUCAAAUUCUCAGGGAAGGACUCUCCGGCCAAUUAUAAAUACCAACCAUUUGGCAAUCCCACAAUGCCACCACAACCCAAACUCUUUAUCAAAUCUCUUAGAUUUCCUGCUUUUUUACCUUGUUUUCUUCAGAUUCUGUGCUUUCGUUUUGAAUCAGGAUGACUAUCCUCAUUGAGCAGCCUGAGUUUGGCGUUGAAGCAGAUCAGGAAAAGACGAUCCCUGUUGAUGAGAAAGAAUUGGUGUUGGAUGGUGGAUUUGUUGUGCCAGAGAUCAACUCAUUCGGCCAAACCUUUAGGGCUUAUGAUGCUGAAAGUGAGAGACAGCAAGGCGUGGAAAACUUCUACCGGAUCAAUCACAUUAACCAGACUUAUGGCUUUGUGAAGAAAAUGAGAGAAGAUUAUGGGAAAUUGGAUAGGAUGGAGAUGAGCAUAUGGGAAUGUUGUGAGCUUCUGAAUGAAGUUGUCGACGAGAGCGAUCCGGACUUGGACGAGCCCCAAAUCGAGCAUUUGUUACAAACGGCUGAAGCCAUUAGAAAGGACUACCCUAAUGAGGAUUGGCUGCACCUCACUGGCCUUAUCCAUGAUCUUGGAAAGGUGCUUCUUCUUCCUAGCUUCGGUGGGCUUCCUCAAUGGGCUGUUGUCGGUGACACGUACCCAGUUGGGUGUGCUUUCGACGAGUCAAUUGUCCAUCACAAGUAUUUCAAGGAAAAUGCUGACUCUAACAACCCUGCUUACAACACAAAGUAUGGAGUUUACUCUGAGGGAUGCGGACUUAACAAUGUAAUGAUGUCUUGGGGACACGACGACUACAUGUAUUUGGUGGCAAAGGAGAAUAAAACCACUCUACCUUCAGCAGGUCUUUUCAUCAUCAGAUACCACUCAUUCUACGCAUUACAUAGAGCAGGGGCAUAUAAGCAGUUAAUGAAUGAGGAGGAUGUUGAGAAUCUGAAAUGGCUUGAAAUUUUCAACAAGUAUGACCUUUACAGCAAGAGCAAACUUCUAAUUGAUGUUGAAAAGGUGAAGCCAUACUAUGUUUCCCUCAUUGAAAAGUACUUCCCUGCCAAGCUAAAAUGGUGAAACUCAGGGGAUUUGAAGUUUGAGGAGUCAAGAUAUGCUUACCUAUAUAUAUAUAUAGCUAGCUAGUUGUUGAGAGUAAAUCUUUCAUCUUCUUUUUUUUCUCUCUC